UUUAAGUACAAUGUAAGGUACAUGCAACAAACUAAAUACAGGACGUAACAAAUAAAUUGUGCAUUAUUUUUGUUCUUUUUCCUCCAGUCAUUAGGGAAAAAGAAGUUGAGUUGAGUGCGGACACACAGAGCAAGCCUUCAAAUAUGACAUUAGAUAAUCCAUCUUCUGAAAAGAUGCCUGUGGCCCCACCGAUCAAGAAGUCCACUCCAGGAAGAGCCAGGAAAACCAUGCCAGGCUCUCCACGGCUGGAAAUCCUUAGAGGAGCUCUUAGUAAAACUCCAGGAAAGUCAGUUAUUGAGUCCAACAAACCUCCAGAUGUUCUACCCACCCCAGAUGAUAAUGCCAUGGCCCCUCUCUGCAGUCUCCUCCAAAUCAGGCAGAAUAUUCGCCGCUCACUGACUGAAGUUUUGCUUCUAAGGAUAAACAACAGUGACCAUUUGGAUACUACUGAGCAUGAUGUUGAAAAACUGACAGUGAACACUGAGAAAGACGUGUUCAAUAUGUACUACACAACAGAUGAGCUGUACAAGGAUAAAUGCCAGCAUCUCAUACAUAACCUGAAAGAUCCCAAAAAUAAGGAGCUGUGUCAUCAGCUUUUGAAAGGAGCGAUUUCUCCAAUCAAAUUUAUUAAUCUGAUUCAACAGGACAAGUCUGUUGAGGACAUAGCUUGUGACUCAGAUGUGCAUCAGAUGCCAUUAGAGGAGAUACCUGCCUCUCAAUCUCUGCAUGGGAAAGAAAAUGUGGUCAAUGUGAAGAGCACAAACCCGUUGAAUGCGACCACUAGCUCAGAUGAGAAAACAUGUUUGUCUCAACGAAAGCAGAGCCUGGCAAGGAAAUGCAGCCCCGAUGUCCCAGACAUGAUAAGCAGCAUGCUGAAAGACACAACAUCACAACAUAAAUGCCAUCUGUUUGACCUUAAUUGCAGGAUAUGUACAGGCCAGAGAUCCUCGGACGGGGACCCUGAAACGAAGAAACUCAAAAUUGAGACGACAAAGGGAAGCACGGAAGAGGUGUCAUUGUGGGUUGAUCAUGUGAUGGAUGAAGUGCCUACAGUACAAGAUUCCAAUAUAACAGCGUCCCCGGCUUCUCCCAGUGCAGAUGAUUGUGAAAUGCCAACAUCAUCUGGGGAUUUCUCUCCUGUUUUGAUCCCAUCAGUUCCCAUCGUGUCCCUCUCAAGAAGAGAUCCCCGUACAGCACAGUUCCGACAAGUUCUGACGCCAAGUACUGACACAAAGUCUGUUUUACCCCAGUCCCAACUUCCUCCCCCAGCAGAGAACGUACAAGAAACUCUUAAAGAGACAACGGUGGUCCAGCCCUCCCCUCACAUGCCUGUUCCCGUAGUGCCAAAAUCCAUUCUUACGAAACCCACACCUACAUCGGCUUCUAGGCUGGACGCUUCAUCCACCUCAAGGCUGAUGGAAUCUCACACCCCAUCUGACAAAGGAACAAGACAAUUUUUAUCUAAACAGGACACUGUGUGGAAGGGUUUUCUGAACAUGCCAACUGUGGCCAAGUUUGUCACAAAAGGAUAUUUAAUAUCAGGCUCUCCUGACUUUCUUAAAGAGGACCUGCCAGACACUAUCCAGAUUGGUGGCAGGAUUUUGCCACAGACAGUAUGGGAAUAUGUUGAUUUGAUAAAGACAUCAGAGGGAAAGGAAAUGUCCUUGAUCCGGUUCCAUCCAGGAUCUGAAGAAGAAGAGGUUGCAUAUGUAUCCCUCUUCUCGUACUUUAACAGUCGUAGGAGAUUCGGAGUUGUUUCUAAUAUUUGCAAACACAUCAAAGACCUUUACCUCAUUCCCCUGUGUGCAAAGCAGUCCAUUCCUUCUGUACUGCUUCCCAUAGAGGGACCAGGGCUUGAACAGAAUCAUCCCAAUCUUCUAAUAGGACUGGCGGUCUGUCAGAAACCAAAGCAUCCUGAGGCAUUUCUACAGGAGCUUGGUCAGAAGAAACCUAGCUUGUUGAUCCGUUCAGAUAGUAAGGAAGCAAACAAUCCUACCUCGUUAAAGACUCUCGAAGUUGAUAUUGGACAACAUAUCACCAAGACACUAAGUGAUCCUAAUGUCCUCAUCAAAACCUCGUCGAAUACAGAUCUGUCAUAUAUUUCCAGCUCUCAGUCUUGCUCAUCUGUAUUAUCUCAACCAAAACCCAUCACAUGUGACAACCCAUCCAGAGACUCCACCAGUACCACCCCACUUCAGACAAUACUUGACACAUUAUUUGGACAAAGAAAACAAAACCCUGAUGCUACAAACUGUGAAAUAAACUCAGAUAAGGUUCAGCAAAUUCAACAGACAUGUAAAGAAGCAAAUACAAUGGAGUUAUGUGAUGAUAGGCCUUACGAUCCUGAGGAAUAUGAUCCAGCUCUCACAUAUGGAACUUUAGAGUCUAGCAGUCAAACUACAGUGGCUGAAGAUGAUGAUAGACCGUAUGACCCAGAGGAGGAGUAUAAUGCAGUUGACAAAGGGGACUUUGCCAAAAAUUAUUUACCCAAAACUUCAGAAGCUACAAAUACACAAGAGAGCUCCACCGCGAACAGUGACGUAGCCUAUGAUCCAGAGGAUGAGUCUGUGUUUGAAGAAAUGCAAAAUUACCUUGCAGGUAAUGCCAUAACUCCCCAAAAGUUUAACAUCUGUGAGCAGGACAACAUUUUGAAUUCAACAUUGCCUGAGCAGCAAAAAAUUCUUGAGGAGUUAAAUAGGCAAAUAGAGGAACAAAAAAGGCAGCUAGAGGAACAGACAGAGACUCUUCGCCUACGGAAGGAGGCCAUUGGUUUGUCCAUGGCCCAUUUCUCAGUUUCUCACGCUCUGAUGUCACCACCUCCAAAUUUCGGCAGGGAUGAAGAGGAAGAAAUUGAAAAACUGUCUUAUCUUUCAACAGUUAGUCACAUUAGGGAUCCACGGACCUGUCGAAAAACAAGCAGAGAUGCUGAGGAUGCACCUGAAGCUCCCAAAGAUGAAAAUGCAACACAAAUAUUAUCAGACAUGAAAGAGAAUCAGACCGCAGUAGGAUCUUCGUUUAGCAAUAAAGAGAAAUUGGAAAAUGAUAAAACACUUCCCAGCGAAGGGUCAGCAGACACUGAAACGGUACAGUUACAAAACACUACAAGGUCUCGCUCAGAACAUUCUAGUGUAACGGGAAGUGGUAGAGGGUCUUCGAGAAAGAGGUCGCAUGAACAUAGGUCGGACUGCCAAGAUAGAGCAUCGUCAAGAGCGUCAUAUAAAUCCAGGGUGCCAAAGGAUGCUUCAGACAAACACCACAGAAGUAGACACUCUUCAAAGCAUUCUUCUAUCCGAAGUGACAGUGAAAGUAGAAGACUGAAAUCAAGAACAAGUCAUCAUGAUCGCCACCACCACCACAGAGACACAUCUUCAUCCUCACGCUACAAGAGGAGAAGUGAUUCUUCCACAAGAUCACACUCGAGCCAGAGAGACAGAUCUUCACAGGACGAUAGUGAUCGCUCACAUAAAACUGACCAGCAACAGCCAUCAGUGCAUAACACUCAGUCUUCACAACCUGUCUGUGAGCAGCCUUCCGUUCAGCAAGGUUCAAAUGCAAAGGCUGAUGCCGAGAGACUUCACACAUCCCAAAACCCUGGUGAAGAGUCGCUAAAUAAUAACAGAAAUCAUUCUGAAAUUAACAGCAAAAUUGACCACUCCUCUAAACAAGGACUACUACCAAUGCUCUACAUGCAGAAUGUUAAAACUGCCCACAGUUAUGCUGACCAGCCUUUAAACAGCACUACACCAACAUUACAGCCCUCCCAAACUCAGGGAGGUAUUCCUCACCAUGACAAGAAAGAACCACCUUGCCAACUGUCUCAUAACCAACCAGCACAUUUUUCUGGGUCAAAUCAUUCGUCUCAGAAGAGAGGUCUGCCAUCAAUGCAGUGGCUGAAUUCAUUUCAGAAUGAGGCCAAUAGACUGUCCGGUGCAGGGGAUUACCCACAAAAGGCUUUCCAGUUGCAAUAUAGAGAUUUUCCACAAUCUAAGAACAGCCAGUUGAUUUGCAGGGAUAUUCCACCCCAAGAACUACCUCAGAUUAAAAGAAGAGACCUUUUAGCACGCGAGGCAGAAUGCAGCAGUCGGUUGCAAACGUCUCACAAGCAGGAAGGAUUCACGCCUGGUGAACGUGGCCAGUUUGAUAAGCAAAUGCUUCCCAACCACACAGACCAUCAGUGGAGUCAAGAACACAGGCCACCCCAGUUCCGUGGAUGCAGUGGCGAAGAACCUGAAAUAAAUCAGUUACGCCACAAGAAAGGCCAAUCGUACAUGAAGGGACAACAUUUUCAUAGAGACGAGUCUUCUCAGUUUCAGCAAAGAGGCUCGAUAUUAGGCCCACCCCCUGUGGAUAUGGGUACUUUCAGACCUAGGACUUUAAACCCUUCGUGUUUUGAUAAAUGCAAACCAUCAACAGAGCCUCUGUCCAUGAUGGAACAGAGAAAGUUCGUUCAGCCCACGAAUGCCAAUACUAGUACUUUUGCACAUUCUAAAACCAUCGGAGGGGGGGUCCAACCAGUGGGACCAUCUCUAGGGUCAUCUACAUUUCAGGAUGGUACUGACACUCACAGUGGUUCACAUCACAUAAUUAAGGAUGUGAUGGGCCCCGUCAAUAGUGGAGGGCCAUCUGAAGGACAGUUUCACAACUCACAGCUAUCACACUGUAAAUCCCCAAAAGGGAAUGCUCCAUAUAGAGAGUUUACCAAUGAACAUAAUAAAGGAGGUAGAUUUCAUGAAGGACAUUCAGGUUUUUCACAUCACCGCCCUUAUAAAUCAAGAGGGCGUCCUCCACCACAUGAUGCAUAUGAACCACAAAGCCCUUUUUCUUUCCAAACAUUUGGAGAAGAUGCAGAAGCCUGUUUGAGAAAACGGUCUGAGCCAUACCCUCAAGACUUAACAUGUGAGGCAUCACCUAGCAUGUUUGAGGGACAGAUGUGUCCCGAAAUAAAGGGUCAACCAAGAGGACCUCAGCAAUCUGGAUUUAGAGGACAAGAUGGGGUAAAAGGUUUUGCAAGGAGUCAAAAAGCACAAAUUAGAGGACCUCGCUUUGACUCACCGCAACAGUUUUUGGACCAAAAUGCACCAUUUCCUGGUUUUCAUGGUGAGCGAAGGACUUCAUCUGGAAACUCUGACAAUUUUGAGGCUCAUGAUGACUCCCAGUCAUCUGGUUUUCCCAACACAACUCAUAGUCAUUUUAAAAAGCCAGAACACCAAAAUGCGUGUGAAAGUCAGAAUUUGAGGCAACCUUUUGAGUCUCCUUCUGGGCAGACAAAUAUUCGCCCUUUAAGGUUGUCGGGUCCACUACUACCCACUCCAGUUGGAUGUCGAAUUAGGCCGAACAUCCACCGGUUACAGAGGCCUCCCAAUGAAAGCAGCAGGUCUCGGGGACCAGUUUCCAUGAGACAUCGUCCUGUGACAAAUGAUAUCAGUGGACUUUGGGUUCAUGGGGAGGGUCAUAAUCUUAAUCCUCAUCAAAGUGAUACCUCAGAAAGUCUUGUUCAGGAAGAACGAAGAGGAGAGUACGAUGGUAGGGGACAGCAAAGUGUCCAGGACAGUAAUUAUGGACAACCAUGCAGAGGGACCCGAGGAAGAAACCGCAGCAGAAGGGCUGGCCAAAGGCGGGGAUUUGUAAAUAGUAGUCAUAGAGAAAGAGAUUAUUCUAUAUAAAUGUGUGUGUGUAGAGAGAGAGAGAUUGACAAGAGGAAGGGCAAGAAAUGAUAGUAGUAGAUAUUCCAAUGACUGGUUGAGAAGCUAAGAUUUAGAUUAUGGGCUGUAAAAUUGUACCAUAGGUAAUCAUUAAGGUUCAGGGCCCGGUUGCAAGAAACCCCUUAGGGUAAGAAAACCCUUCAUUCUAAUUGUAACAGUAUCGUUACUAAGGGUUAUCUUACCGUAAGGGGUUUCUUGCAACCGGGCAUAGAUGUUCAGAGUUUGAAUAGACAAGGAAGAAAUACACUUUUGGAGGUUCACUUUUAUUUUGCUAUACCAACUUGAGUUACUACUUUCAGUUACCUUUGGAAAAUGUUUUGUUUUUUAGAACAUAAGAGAACGUAAGCAAGACAUGUUAGUGGAAACUACUAAAGGUUAUGAUAACAUUUUAGAAUUUUAUCUCCUGCUGUGCAGUUGGUUCCCAAAAUAUAAAAAUAACAUUUUGUGUUCAUACAUUUUUAAGCUUUUUUCUAAAUGUAUGUUUGGAAGUCUUUCAGAAUCUCAAAAUGUCUGUUCACCAAGCUCAUUUAGUAAAACAAAAAAACUUUAAACCACUAGUGUAAUUGUGUUUUUCCACAAAUAUUGCUAUAAACGCUAGUUGUUAUUGUAGAAUUAUUGUAAAUGUGUUGAGUGUGUUUAACUGCAAUUAUUCACAGUUCCAAGUAGUUUAGACAUUAAUACUACAUUUUUUAUCCAAAAUGUGGAGUCUCUCACUGAAUUUGCAGUUGCUUUCAACUUAUUUUAAAUUUCAAAUGUAGAAUUGCUGUUACUUAUAAAAAAGUUGAAAAUGGGGGGUAAAUUGCACUCUUCCUAAAUCCCCACAGCAUGUUUUAAAAGUAUUAGGAGAGCUUCAGUUGCUGUUGAUGUCUUCCUGGUUACCUUUUUUUAACAUGCUAUUAGGAGAAUAAUUUGGAACGUCAAAAAAAACACUUUUCAAAAUUCAUAGUGUGAAAAUAUAACUAACGAGGAUUCCAGACUUCAUAAGAGUAGCAGCAUUUUUUUCAUAAAAAUAAAAAAAAUGGUGGAAAUUCAAGUGACCGAUUGCAUUUCACUCUGAAUAAGCCACAGAAUCAAUUAAACAUUCAUGCACAUUUUACAUAUUAGAUUUCACUUGAUCACCAUGUUUGUAUGGGCUGCUAUAUACAGUACCUUCAUUUAAGAUUAAUAAUGAAGAAGGGUUUGCUGCAUGUUGUUGUUAAACAUCUUUCAUACAUUUCCACCAUCUGUAAGACAAACAUGCUCCUGCUUUACAGUCACAACAAUCUUUUUUUUCCUCAAAUAUGACACAGGCGUGAGCGUGUGAAUCUGAACAAUCUGGGUUUGACUGCUGUGAGUUUUUUCUGUGUAACAUUUUUAGUGUCAUUAAAACAAACUAGGCCUAUAACAGUUAACCCUGUUACAACUUCUUACAUAGGCUAAGCAUCUAUGAGAGAAUAUCUCAUAUGGACAGUGAUAUGAGAGAAUAUCUCAUAUGGACAG